AUGCCAGAACUGAUACGAGCCACAUUGGGCCUGCACUUCAAGCCGUCCGAUCAUAACCGACAAUCUGUGACCUUAUUUGUGUUUUCCAUCUCUUCGCUCCUUCCUGAAGAGGAUAUACAUAUAAAAAUAACUUUGAAAGAACCAAAAAACACCCUUAAAGCUGAAAAGGAUUACAAAAUUGGUUGGUUUGAGACAUUUGUAAGCCCACAUACUUUUACAUGUCAGGUUGAUCACUACAAUUUCAACAACAACGACAAAUUCGAAAUAAAAUAUUUAUAUUCUGACCAAUUCUACACCAAGGACGGGCCAGGCUUUAUUUGGGAGAUUGCCUCCUUAUUUGGGGCCUAUGUCCUGUUUGGAGAACAUAGAUAUUAUGGAGAGUCGAUUCCCUACAAGAAUGGACAAAAUAACAUUUCAUUUGAAUAUUUGACUGCUGAACAAGCCAUGUUGGACUACGUCAGUUUAAUUGACUAUUUAUUUCCUCCCAAAACAAAAGUUAUUGUAUUUGGGGGCUCCUAUGGGGGCAUGUUGGCGGCUUGGAUGAGAAUGAAGUACCCUGCUUACAUCACCGGUGCUCUCGCAUCGUCUGCGCCAAUAUUAAUGUUUGAGGGGUACUCAGAUUGUGGGUCCCCCUUUGUGACAAUAACCAAGAAUUUCCGAACAGAAGGACCCAAUUCACCUGAGAACAUUAAAACACUGUGGAACAUACUAAAUGACCAUAACACGAAAUAUUUGGAUUGGUUGUGGAAUGAAUUAAAUUUAUGCAACCAGAAUGAGAGAAAUAUCGAACUGCUCAUUCAAAAUAUCACUAAUCUAUUUUUUGCCGCAUCCAUGGUGAACUACCCAUCCCCCUCGACACUCUUGGUCCCCCUCCCUGCCUACCCACUCCGCGUAACCCCCCGAUCUCACUGCCAGGCCAUUUCCCAAUACUUUAACGGGAAGGGAAUGUCCGAAGAGGAGUUAGUCCGAGCACUGGCACUGUCCCUCAACCUGUACUUCAACAACACGGGCACUCGAGUCCUCUGCUUUGAUUUUACCGACACUUAUGGCUCAGUAGACUUGCUCCCCUGGGGGUACCAGAUGGAUCUUUAUAUGUGUUCGAGGGAGGGUGUGGACAAUAUGUUCCCCCCAAUGGAGUACAACAGUAGUAGGGUCAAUAAGGAGUGCAGUGAGUUGUAUGGAGUGACUCCACGACGGGGGUUUAUCCCAUUGGAGACGAAUGUGCGUGAUUUGUCUUCAUUUACUAACAUCAUCUUCAGUAAUGGAGACAUGGAUCCGUGGAGUGGAGGGGGUUUCUAUCGACAGGACAAUGAGGGAAUUCACGUGGUCGUCAUCGAAGGGGGGGCCCACCACGUUGACUUGAGGGAGUCCUCUGAUAACGAUCCCCCGUCUGUUGUGUUGGCCAGAAGACGUGAGAUUGAGAUCAUACAGGGUUGGCUUAAUUAAUAAUUUAAUUAAUUAACAUUGGUUAAGCGGCACAGA